AGCUCUCUUCUAGCUCAUACCAUAGCAUCAAAUAAUUUCUUCUCAUCAUCCAAAAAUGGCGUUCUCAAAAACAUUCCUUCUUCUUGCUCUUGUUUUUGCUGUGGUUCUUCUUAUCACUUCCGAGGUCUCAGCUCGGGAACUUUCCGAGACUAAGGAAAAUGAAGGACUUGAAGAUUAUGGAGGGCAUGGUGGCCGCGGAGGAUAUGGCGGUGGCGGCCGUGGAAAUUAUGGAGGUGGCCACCGUGGAGGAUAUGGAGGCGGCCACCGUGGAGAAUAUGGAGGCGGCCACCGUGGAGGAUACGGUGGUGGACGCGGAGGACACCGUGGUGGACGGGGAGGACAUGGCGGUUACCCAGGUCACGGUGGUGCUGCUACAACUGAGACGCAAGUGAAAGCUGAAGGUGGGAACUAAAGAGAAAAUCAUAAUCUAAUUAUGUUAAGCUACUUUGUUGCAUGCAUGUUUUCUAAAUAAACAGUUCAUAUGUAACAUGUAUUGUAAGCACUAAGCAGUGAGUAUGUAGACGUUUUUCUGUGUUGAAAAAAAUUAUAUAAUUAUCAUUUGCAGAAGUAAUAUUUAUGUUUUUCUGAUUA